UCGCGACCAGAGCCGCGUAGGGUAUCGAUGCACCGGCCUUCCAGUCAGGAUAUGCAUUCACGUCGUUGCCCUUGCUAGUGAGCUUCGCCUGUACCACCUUGCGCCCCUUGAUAGUGAUGACGGGCUUCUUGAUCUCGACCUCGACGUCGCUUCCAGCUUCCACAUCACUCUUGUCCGACUCGGACGCUGACUCCUCAGACUUCUCCUCUGUCUUUCCAGCUGCCGCCUUUUUGCCCUUCGCCGUAGUGGUCUCAGCCUUCACCUUCGGAGAUUUCUUCGACUUCACCGCAGGUUCCUCCUCGUCAUCCUGCUCGAUGUCCUCUGCCUCUUCUGUCUCCUUCGUCGGCGUCGUCUUCCCCUUCACCGCCUUCUUCUUCGAUUCGGGUUCAGGUGUAGCCUCCUUCUUUUUCUUCGCAAGCCCCCUCUUCGCAGGCUCCGUUUUAAUCGCUGGCUCCUUCUUGGUCGCGGACACCUUGCUGGUCACGGGCUCCUUCUUCUUUGCAACAGGACUAGCCGCCGUCGUCCUCGACUUCCGUCCCCGCUUCGUGACUGGCUCCUCAUCUUCGUCCUCGACUUCAGACACUUCCUUCUCGAUCUUGACCUCCGCCUCCUCUUUCUCAACCUCAUCGCGAGCACGUUUCUUUGCUGGCACUGCAAUUAAUCGUCAGCACACCCCACCUACCCCACAACAAGUGAAGCGAACAUACCAGUCUUCUUGGAAGUACCAUCCGCCUUCUUCGACGUCUUUUCACUUGCCAGCUCCUUCUUUGCUAACGCAUCCUCGGCGUCCACGUCCACCAUGACCUCAUCCUGCGGUUCCUCGACUUUCACCUCAUCGUCACCACCCAAUUCCUGCUUCGCCUCCUUCUUGGGCUUGCUCGUCAAGACAGUCUGCUGUGGUGCAGGCUUCGCAACGCCCUUGGGGAGUGUGAAAUAGUUACUGUU